AGUAUAUGGGAGCUGGUGGUGGAACAAUUUGAAGACUUGCUUGUGCGAAUUCUCCUGCUCGCAGCCUGCAUCUCUUUCGUGCUGGCUUGGUUUGAAGAAGGUGAGGAGACUGUCACUGCUUUUGUGGAACCAUUUGUCAUCUUACUGAUCCUGAUUGCCAAUGCCAUUGUUGGAGUAUGGCAGGAAAGAAAUGCUGAGAAUGCCAUUGAGGCCUUAAAGGAGUAUGAACCUGAAAUGGGCAAGGUCUAUCGAUCCGACAGGAAGGCGGUGCAGAGAAUAAAGGCCAAAGACAUGGUUCCUGGUGACAUUGCAGAGGUGUCAGUUGGUGACAAAGUCCCAGCUGAUAUCCGCAUCAUUGCCAUCAAAUCCACCACUCUACGUGUGGACCAGUCUAUCUUGACAGGUGAAUCUGUCUCUGUGAUCAAACAUACCGAACCCAUCCCAGAUCCUCGUGCUGUGAAUCAGGACAAGAAGAAUAUGCUGUUUUCAGGUACCAACAUUGGUGCAGGCAAGGCUGUUGGCAUCGUUAUUGCCACAGGCGUGGGCACUGAGAUCGGUAAGAUCCGCGAUGAAAUGGCAGCCACAGAGCAAGAGAAGACGCCAUUACAGCAGAAACUGGAUGAGUUUGGUGAGCAGCUGUCCAAAGUCAUUUCCCUCAUCUGCGUGGCUGUCUGGCUCAUCAACAUCGGACAUUUCAACGACCCCGUACAUGGCGGCUCCUGGAUCCGUGGCGCCAUCUACUACUUCAAGAUUGCUGUUGCCCUCGCUGUGGCUGCCAUCCCAGAAGGCCUUCCCGCUGUCAUCACUACCUGUCUAGCUCUGGGGACUCGUCGUAUGGCCAAGAAAAACGCCAUCGUCAGAAGCCUGCCCUCAGUGGAGACCUUGGGCUGCACCUCCGUCAUCUGUUCCGACAAAACUGGCACUCUUACUACCAAUCAAAUGUCUGUUUGCAAGAUGUUUGUUGUGGACAAAAUAGAAGGAGAUUUCUGUGCUUUGAAUGAAUUCAAUAUCACUGGUUCCACCUAUGCCCCGGAAGGAGAAGUAUUUAGGAAUGAUAAACAAGUCAAAGCUGGACAAUAUGAUGGUCUUGUUGAGCUGGCCACGAUUUGUGCUCUUUGCAAUGACUCUUCGCUGGAUUUCAAUGAGUCCAAAGGGGUAUAUGAGAAGGUUGGUGAAGCCACUGAAACUGCCCUUACCUGCUUGGUUGAAAAAAUGAAUGUCUUCAACACUGAUGUCCGGAAUCUCAGCAAAGUGGAACGUGCCAAUGCCUGCAACUCAGUGAUCAAACAACUCAUGAAGAAGGAAUUCACCCUAGAGUUCUCUCGUGACAGGAAGUCCAUGUCUGUCUAUUGCUCCCCAGCCAAAGCUUCCCGGGCGGCUGUUGGUAACAAGAUGUUCAUCAAGGGUGCCCCCGAGGGUGUGAUUGACCGUUGUAACUAUGUUCGUGUGGGCACCACGCGUGUUCCCCUCACCGCCAAUAUUAAGGACCACAUAUUGGGAGUCAUCAAAGAGUGGGGCACAGGACGGGAUACUCUCCGUUGCUUGGCGUUGGCCACCCGUGACACCCCACCAAAGAGAGAAGACAUGUUUUUAGAAGAUUCCACCAAAUUUGUUGAUUAUGAGAUGGACCUGACCUUUGUGGGCUGCGUGGGGAUGUUAGAUCCUCCCCGCAAGGAAGUGUCGGGAUCCAUUGAACUGUGCCGCGAAGCUGGCAUCCGCGUCAUCAUGAUCACCGGCGACAACAAAGGCACAGCUAUUGCCAUCUGUCGCCGCAUCGGCAUCUUCGGUGAAAAUGAGGAAGUGACCAGCAGGGCCUACACUGGCCGGGAGUUCGAUGACUUGCCCUCUGCUGAGCAACGGGAAGCCUGCCGAAGAGCUUGCUGUUUUGCACGGGUUGAGCCCACACAUAAGUCAAAGAUUGUGGAGUUCUUGCAGAGCUUCGAUGAGAUCACUGCCAUGACCGGUGAUGGUGUAAAUGAUGCUCCAGCUCUGAAGAAAGCUGAAAUUGGAAUUGCCAUGGGCUCUGGUACUGCUGUGGCUAAGACUGCCUCUGAAAUGGUCUUGGCAGAUGAUAACUUCUCUACUAUUGUGGCUGCGGUGGAGGAAGGCCGGGCCAUCUACAAUAACAUGAAACAAUUUAUUCGCUACCUCAUCUCCUCUAAUGUGGGUGAGGUUGUCUGUAUCUUCCUCACAGCUGCCCUUGGUCUCCCUGAAGCCUUGAUCCCUGUGCAGCUGCUGUGGGUGAACUUGGUGACUGAUGGGCUUCCAGCCACUGCCUUGGGUUUCAACCCCCCUGAUUUGGACAUCAUGAACAAGCCCCCUCGUAGCCCCAAGGAGCCCCUGAUUAGUGGUUGGCUCUUCUUCCGCUAUAUGGCCAUUGGAGGAUACGUCGGAGCGGCCACUGUUGGUGCUGCUGCUUGGUGGUUCUUAUAUGCAGAGGAUGGACCUGGUGUGAACUACCAUCAGUUGUCCCAUUUCAUGCAAUGUUCAGAAGAUCACCCUUCCUUUGAAGGCUUGGACUGUGAAAUCUUUGAGUCUUCUGUCCCCAUGACUAUGGCUUUGUCUGUCCUGGUCACCAUUGAGAUGUGCAAUGCGCUCAACAGCCUUUCAGAGAACCAGUCCUUGAUACGGAUGCCCCCCUGGGUGAACAUCUGGCUUCUGGGAUCCAUCUGCCUUUCCAUGUCUCUGCAUUUUGUCAUCCUUUAUGUUGAUCCCCUGCCUAUGAUCUUCAAACUGACACACUUGGAUUUGCACCACUGGCUCGUGGUGCUGAAGAUAUCCAUACCUGUCAUCCUUCUGGAUGAAUGUCUCAAAUUCAUUGCCCGGAACUAUCUGGAGCACAAUUUAGAAGAAAGGAAGUGAACCUUUGAGUCAUCAUGGAAAUAACCUCGUCGUGCCCAACCGUGAAGAUCUGCCCACUUCCCAAACCUCACUGCCUUGUCAUCUGCCCCCAUCUCUGCUUCUGUGCCCCUCUGUUAUUUAAUAGCGUCUUUCUUCCCCCUUAAUCCCUCUGUGCUAGUGGGACAGCUAGUGUGGGCCACAAUGCUGGCAUUUGCCAUGCCGUGUUCCCUGCCAGCUGCUUCUCUACCCAACCCACAAACAUCACCAGCUACUCGGCUUCUGUACAUUUUGAGCCACCUGCCUUCCCUUGCCUUUGCACACACACACACACACACACACACUGUCCCAACUGCUUUCCGCAUUAGUGACCACACUAUGUUCGUUCCUUCCUUUUCUCAUGACUAGAACCCACCUCAAGCCAAGGGCUGGAUUUUUUAAUGCACACAUAAACAGAAGGAAACAUUUUGUUAGGAAAAACAAACAAAUGAAACUCCUCAACUUGGAGGAAAUUAAGAGAUUCUUCUA